AUGGCGACCCUGGCCGAGAGGCUCGAGAAGAUCAAGUCCCCCAAGCUGCAGAACCAGCACCAUACUGCUGUAGUUCUGUCUGCUGUGGAAGAUACGCUACGGGACCAGAAAGCAGAUUUCUCACCUACUGCCUAUUUUGCCGCGCUUUUAGCACUUCUCUCGCAGUCGCUUUCUGCCUCUCAAGGCAUCGUGAAUAAGGACCUAGCGACUUCAGUUGUCUAUCUACUCGACAUCACGACCACCUAUGUCCCCGCUCCUAUUCUCCAAUCCAAAUUCACCCAGAUCCUCUCCAACCUCGCGCCUGCGCUCUCCCUUCCAGAAGUCGAAGCUCCGCUUCUUCGUCCCUCUAUCGGUUGUCUCGAGUCUGUACUCAUCGCUCAGGACGUAGCGUCAUGGAAUCUCCCUCAUACCCAGGUCGGCCCCCGGCGGGCUAUUGCAGGACUUCUCAGUUUGUCUGUAGACCACCGUCCCAAAGUGCGCAAGAGAGCUCAAGAUGCUUUGAUCAAGGUUCUUAAGACACCCCCACCCAGCCCCUCUCUCGACCACCCGGCUGCAGAUAUGUGUGCAGAGACUGCGCUGCGAACCCUCGGCGAUAGCAUUACCGCGGCGUCGAAGCAAAAGCGUGGUCGCAAUGACCCUCAGGGCCGGGAGAGCAGUGAUCCUCUCGUUAUCCAUUCUUUGCAGUUGGUAAAAACAGUUGCGGUUGCGUCGGGAGGUUGGCCCAGCAAGAAGAUUGAGCCUUUGUGUGAGCUGUUGAUGAACGCAUCCCGGUCCAGCAACGAAUAUAUUACCAUGGGUGCUUUCGAAGUUUUCGAGGUUAUCUUCUCCAGCAUGGCCAACGAGUUUACUUCCUCCAAGCUUCCACGUCUUCUUGAUGCCAUUUCUGAAUUGAAGCCCGCACAGAACGACUCCCAGCUACUGCCGCCUUGGAUUGCUGUGCUUUCCCGCGGGUAUGAUGUAUCCGCCCAAAUUGCGCCCGAAGACACAUUUGAGAAACUACCCGACCUGUUCAACAUGAUCUCCAGCUAUCUCGCAUCUCCCUCUAGCAACAUUCGAGUGUCCGCAUCGGAGUGUCUUGUUUCGUUCGUCGCCAACUGUAUUCCGGCCAACGUCAUCCUUGAACCAUCGGUCUACGACGAGAAGACCUUGGAGAAGCUUGCGAAAUCCGCAAAAGAUCUGCUUUCAGUGAAAUACCAAGCCGCGUGGAUGGAAGUGUUCAAUGUCUGUGCUGCCAUGUUUGAGAGUUUCAAGUGGCAAUCUAGCCCCUUCCUAGACGAUGUCGUCCGGACCGUCGGAGAGCUGCGCAGUAACGAGGCUUUCCAGGGAAAGAAGCAAGCGGAUAACGUUCUGGGUGCCGCGGUUGAGGCUAUGGGCCCUGAAGCUGUUCUGGAGAUUUUACCACUUAAUCUGAUUGAGCAGAAGCCCGGCCAACCUGGUCGCGUUUGGUUCCUCCCAAUUCUUCGCGACAGCGUAACCAACACGAAUUUGCGCCACUUCCGCUCUGAGUUUGUCCCUCUUAGUGAAAUUCUCUACCAGAGGGUUAUGGAGUACGCAUCCGCAGAGAAGUCAACGGAAGUGAAGAUUUUCGAAACCUUAGUCCAGCAAACAUGGGCGAUCCUCCCUGGAUAUUGCGAGCUUCCGCUUGAUUUGACUGAAUCGUUCGAUCAAAACUUUGCAGAGCUCCUGUCUAACAUUUUGUACAAACAGACCGACUUGCGGGUGGACAUCUGCAAGGCACUCCAAAACCUAGUCGAGUCGAACCAAGCUAUCUUGUCUAUUGAAAAUGAGGAAGAUGAUUUGAUUCUGCAACGCAGAAUUACCAAGGAUGCUGCUAUGAAGAACAUUGCGCAUUUGGCCGGCUUUGCCAGCAAUCUCCUGGCAGUUCUUUUCAACGUGUACAGCCAAACUUUGCCGCAUUACAGAGGCUACAUUCUCCAGUGCAUUAACGCGUAUUUGAGCGUUGCACCCGAGAAGGAACUGAAUGAGACAUUCGAACGGGUGACUUCCAUGCUUGAAUCCUCCGUGACAUCGGAGCAGGAGGCAGCCAAGCAAGGAAACCAGCCUACGAAUUCAGGAGACAAGAUGCCACCAACUUCACACACACUCAUCGAUCUGGUCAUUGCUAUGUCAAUCUAUCUGCCUCGUUCGAGCUUCGCUACCCUCUUUGCCCUUGCAGCUGCGGUCUUGAACGGUGGCACGAGUGAUCAGCAGCUGAUCAAGAAGGCCUACAAGCUGAUUCCACGCCUGGCUACAACGGAGACAGGAGCAGCUGCGCUAAGAGAACGGAAUGCAGAGCUCCAGGGCCUCGUGCUUGCUACAGCCGACAAGACCCCGGCUUCCGCGCGCAGAGACCGCAUGCUCGCCAUUCACGAACUUGUCACACAUCUCCCAACUUCCGAUCUCCAUUUCAUCCCUUCAAUCCUAUCUGAGGUUGUGCUGGGCUGCAAAGAGAGCAACGAAAAGGCCCGUACUGCUUCAUUCGACAUGCUUAUCCACCUUGCGAAGAGAACCAUCGACUCUGAGCUGAACCCGCCGGGAACUAAGAUUCGGAACUCGCUGGUUUCCCAUAUGCCCGACGAUGCUCCUGACGCUCCUGCAACCAUUGAAGAAUUCUUCACAAUGGUCUCUGCGGGACUUGCUGGUAGCUCCCCACACAUGGUUGCCGCUUCGGUUACGGCGCUCUCUCGUCUCUUCUUCGACUUCCAUAAGGACAUCCAACCAGCCAUGCGGAUUGAUCUUGUCCAGACCGUGGAACUUUUCCUUACCAGUAACAACCGGGAGAUCGUGCGAUCAGUCCUUGGUUUCGUCAAGGUAGCCGUUGUCGUACUUCCGGACGACGCGCUUCGCUCACGUCUGAGCACCCUUGUGCCGAACCUCAUGGUAUGGAGCAAGGAGCACAAGGGUCGUCUUAAGAGCAAGGUAAAGGGAAUUCUCGACCGACUGAUUCGCCGAUUCGGAGCCGCUCCGCUUGAAGAACUUGUUGGUGAAGCAGACCGGAAACUAGUAGUCAACAUCCGUAAGCUACGUGAGCGACGCAAAAAGAAGAAGAACCAAGAAGGCGGCGAAGAUGAGGACGAGGAAGAAGCCCCUGCAGCCGCCGAGAAGAGCAGCAAAUCCUUCGGCAAUGCAUUCGACAAGGCGGUCUACGACUCUGACUUCUCCGACUCAGACGACGACGCCAGCGAGAUCAGCGUCGACGAGGAAGGCGAGACACACGUACAGCACAAGGGCCGGAAGGGCAAGAAGGCGAGCAAACAGAGCGAGCAGUAUAUCCGUGAAGGCUCCCCUGAGGAUAAUCCUCUGGAUCUGCUCGGAUCCGAUGCCCUCGCCAAAAUCUCCACCACGAAACCCAGCGUGCGCUUCCUAAACACAGGCCCUGGAUCUCGGCGGAAGCGCUCCGCCAAGGUCGAUUCUGACGGCCGUCUUAUCCUCGGCGGUGAUGAGGGUGACGAUAUGGAUAUGUCGGGCGGUCUUGACGGCGAUAACGCUGGCGGUAGCGGAAUCAACGCUUACGUGGAGGCUGUUAGCGGGCCGGACGCCAUCCGCCGCGGUCAACGUGGAAAGAUUAAGAUGGCUCAGUCCCAGAAGAAGAAGUCCCAGCGCGGGGACGAAAUGGAUGUUGACGACGACAAUAACAACGCUGAAAACCAACAAUCCUCUUCAUUCCGAGGUGGACGAGGAGGACGAGGAGGACGAGGAGGCGGAAGAGGAGGCUCAGGCCCUGGUCCUAACCAACCCGGUCGUCGAGGCUUGGGUAUGCCGAAAACCCAUGGGCCUAGCGGAAUUCAGAAACGGAGAAACGACCGCGGGAAGCCCGGGCAAAGUGGGCGAGGCGGAAUCCGUGUUGGGCGGCGCAGAUAA